GUUCCUCCCAACCCUUGAGAAAGUGUCCUUUUGAUUUGCCUAGAGAACCUUCCUCUGUCCAUGUGUUGCAGGUUACACGGGAGAUGAUGAUGUCGUCCUCCGCAGAUCAAGACCAAGCCGCCCAGUUGCAGGAGCUGAUACAGCAACUCACCGAAGCCGCCAAAGCCUGCGACUACUCGCCGGGCAGCAAAGGCUACAUUUCCAGGACCAAUGUCGCUGCUAUAGCCAAGGACAUUGUCCGGCUCGUGAUGGCACCGUCGGAUAUGUCAAUGCACCACUCGGUCAAUAUGCUGGAGAUUGUCUGUAUUCGAACCUUGAUGGGGCUGGGCGUGUUCGAAAAGAUCCCUGUCGACGGCUCCAUCUCUCUGGCCGAGCUGUCCAGGGUCACAGGCGUCCAGGACUCACUGCUAGGUAUUGGCUGCGCAGUCAUUUCUCGAAGCAUGUGGCUGAUCAUUGUGUCUCCCGUCAAACAAAAGAAAGACAACUUCGAUUACUCGUCGGUACCAAGUUCCUCGAGCAAACCCCCAACUAUGAAUACGUGCACACAAAGUUCUCCCGCGCAUACAUCCAGGUCCCGGGCCCGGGAAACUUCUUCCAGUUCAUCAACGAUGAAUGCCUGGCCACAAUGGUCCAUUUCCACAGCUACGUGAAAGAACGAGCGGCACAGGACGGCAAGCCCGUGCAGGAGCCCGAUGACCCUCUUCGCAACCCAUAUACCCACCGCCAUGGCAUGGAUGGACAUCCUGUAUGGGAGAUCAUGGCACAGUUUCCCGACCGGCUGCGCGCGUUCCAACUGGGCUUCAUGUCUCAAGAGGAUUCGGUCCCGAUCAUCGGCUUCUACGACUUCUCUGCACUCUACAACCCGGACCACGACGGCGACAGGGCCACCCUGGUCGACGUGGGCGGCGGCCAAGGCCAAUCCAUCAUCCAGAUCCUCAAGGCCUUCCCGACUCUCCGCCCCGACCGCAUGGUUCUCCAAGACCUGCCCGAACCCAUCGCUCAGGGCAGGGACUCCAAGCUCCUCCCCGAGGGCGUCACCGCCAUGGUGCACGACUUCUGGACGGCGCAGCCCGUCACGGGCGCCAAGGCCUACUUCCUCCGCCGCGUCAUGCACGACUACUCGGACGACAACUGCGUCAAGAUCCUCUCCCGCCUGCGCGACGCCAUGAGCCCGGACAGCAAGGUCCUCAUCGCCGACAUGGUCAUGCCAAAACGCGUGGGCGAGGCCGACCUACCCGCCGCCGCCAUGGACAACACUGUGAUGGUCAUGGGCGGCAAGGAGAGGACCGCCGACGGGUUCAACAAGGUCCUCGAGGCUGCCGGGCUGAAGAUGGUCAAGAUCUGGCACAGUUGGGAGGGCGGCGCGACGGGGAACAUCGUCGAGGCCAUGUUGCCCGCGGCGACCUCCUAGGUGAAGGUGUAAUGAAUGUGUCUGUGGAGGAUGUCCUGGUGAUUGGACCGUGCAAUCCAAGGACCUCCGAGCCCAUGAGCUUAAAGCAAACCUGGAAUCGGCGACCACUGGGCGUCAAGAUCCAUUAGAUGUGAAUUGACCGUGAGCAGCGGACGACAGGAGUAUCAGACGGGUAUGAUACGAUGACAUCGCUGGCCUUGAAGGAAGCACAUGCUCCCGCUCCAACUAAACGUCUUGCGGUUGACCAAGACGUCUCGCUUCAGACGACGAUUACGAGGACAUGAAUAGAUGCGAGACGGACUUCUCACGUAGAACCAAGUUUACAAGAUUCAUGACAUUGUCUACCACCUGUUUCCACUACAGGUGGGGUGCUGCC